AUGGCUGGUCGGGAGUGGAGGUGGGACGCGAAGCCUGAUCCGGAUGAGACUGGCAACUACAUUUUUCACUCAUUGCAUUCGCUAGUGCAACACUGGCCUCACACUCGCUAUCGCAACGGACACUCCGUCGUACCCGCCGCAGUUCCCCCCGGUACGACUCUCUACCACGGCCGUGGCAACUCCUCCAUCCCCACCCAGCCCGAAUGGCUCGCCUUCGACCCAGAGCACUCCUACAUCUUCUGCGGCGGCGAGUGUCACCUCCAGACGUUCGUCACCACGCGCGAACUCAAGCUCGCGUACUUUGACGGGAACAGCGCGGCGAACCUCGAUUCGGGGACGUAUGAUACGAUGGAUCUGUUGCUUUGGGGGAAGGUCAGGCCAGAUAUGGUGUGGAGGGAGUGGGAUAGGGCGAAGGAGGCUUGUGAAUGGGGAGCGAAGUGGGGGUUCGAUGGGUUUGUGAGGAUGGAGAUGGAUUUCGAGAUCGUCAUGUGCGAUUUCAGCAAGGGUCUCGAGCUCGUCAAUACUCAUGAUCUGAUUCCCUUCGCUGGCCACAAACUCAUGGGCCCAGACGAUCAACCCAAGGAUGGUGAGACCAGGCCCGGACCAGGUGGAGGCAGAGGCCGCAGACCAUCUCCCCCUUCUGAUGACGACCACUCCAUUGAUGAGACCGACCGCCGAGGACGAGGACCACCAGGUGGCGGGCCUGGUGGCCCAGGAGGACCAGGAGGACCCGGUGGGCCUGGGGGACCUGGUGGAGGAGGAGGUCGUGGAGGUCAUGGACCGGGUGGCCCAGGCGGUCCUGGAAAGGACCCUGAGCCUGAUUUACCAGAGAUGUGGCAGGGGAGUGUUCGUUCGGGCGGACAGGUCUGGUGGGAGGUUAUGCAGGCGGGUGCUUGGCAUAAUCAUUUCCCUGGCGAGACGAGGAUCAGGGUCGAUACCUCUAGAAUGGUAACACUUUUUGAUACCAAGUACAAGAGUGGUGUAGAGGCCAGACGGGAUCACACGAGAGAAUCCUUCCGCGCCGGAGACAUCAACGAGGCAGACGUUGAGCUGUUCAGGAAGGAAGUCGAGAGUACUUUUGACCAUGAAGGAUGGGGUAGGGAUGGUCAGAGCAGCGGCGUCGAUUGGAUCGGAUUAGCUAGAGUCGUUGUGGAUCGGUAUGGCGAUCGUCUUGAAUUGCUCCGCCAUCUCCUCGAGGACAAGAGCGAACGCAACGUCACGGAAAGCGCCGAAAUUGUUCGACAACAGCUCAUGACCAUGCUCGCACCCUACAUGCUCAAUACUGCAGUACCCUCCAACGAUACCACCUCUGCCAGUGACCAUCAAUGGGUGGCCCCCAUGGCUAUGCAUUGUGCACUGACCCACACGCAUUGGAUGCGCUCUCUUACCACGCUCACACCACAAGAACGGGUACUCAAGACCGCCGUCGAAGACACCCUUCGUCAAGUUUGUCGUGUCCUCUCUGAGAUGUGGAUCGAUGCCUUUGCCAUCGAGGCAGACAUUAAGGACGAGAAAUUCGACAAGGUAGAAGGCGUCGUGGCUCAGUGGACGGUCCAGGUGAAGGACCUGAUGGCUUGGUUGGACUGGAACGUUUGGGUGAAGUGUAGACCUGAGUGUGGGCCCGAGGAGUGGUGCUAUAUCCCGACAUGGCCUUCCAUCGGUUGGGGCGGGGGACAGGUCGAUAUGACGCCGAAAUGUGUCUCGAAGUUCGAGAGUAGGGUAGGUUUCCCGGGCGGUCGUUGA